AUGAAGGGGGGGUUGCUUCUCGGCUUGUGGGCCCUGCUGGUCAUCGUCACUGGGGCCUCCGAGGCCGUUUCUGAGGUGUAUGACCUGCAACGUCGCCUGGGUGCUGAGGGGGACUGGGAAGCCAUCAGCAGCAUCACUAUCUCGCGUGUUUCCGUCGAUGCCACUGCGAAGUUGUGGCAGAACAGCGAGGCGUUGGACUCCGGAAAGCAAGGCGACUUGACAAAGGAGAAGAAGGCGGCAUUGGCAAAGGCGCAGUUUGUGUAUUACCGCCUGGUGCGCAAAGGUGAUGUGGAUGGUAGCAGCGCAGUCUCCAUCGCUCUCACACCAUGUUCGCUGGUUCGCGGUUUUGAGGCCGCGGACUCUCGCACAGUGUUGUUGCGGGAGUCGCUGCGUGUGGCUGUUGGCACUGGCGCGACGGUUGUAGGACUUCAGGCAACAAGUGGAACGAACACAUUUCAUGCAAAGAUGCUCAACGGUGACGAGUGCGACCUCGGCAUUCUCUCUCUCUUUCCGCAUGUGCGGCUGCAAGCCAGCGUCGGUUUGGUGGAGCCGACAGCGCCACGCAGCCUGCCGGACUACGCCGAUCUAGACGCUCUUGCCAAGCUCGGCAAUUCGAAGUCAGCGGGCAAGAAGGGCGCCAAGAAAAAGGGGGGCGGCGCGGCAUCGAAGGCCACAUCGUUGUACGGUGGCAACCCACAACAGCAACAGGCAGGAGUGGCGGAGGAGCAGGACCAGGCGGAGCAGCCGGAGGAGGACGAUCGCACAUUCAUCCAGAAGUACUGGACUUUCCUGUUGAUACCGUUUGCAAUGAGCCUCUUGCAGGGUCUUCUAGCAAAGCGGCAAUAA